AUGGAUUUUAAUUUACCAUUCAAUGAUGAAUCUUGGCUAUAUAACGACAACAGCUCAAACCACUAUAAUAACGAACCAUUGCAAGAGCCCGUCCCUUUUGAAGACUUCAAAUUUAGCUUCGGUAUAAAUCCGGAUAUCAAUGCUACACUAAAUAUUGGGGAUUUCCCACCACCGGUCAUCAGUCCUCAUAGUAACAACAACAGCAACGGACCCACCACAUUAGAUCCACUCUACUUGCAGCAAGAGCCAUUCAACUUUGUUGCAAAUACAGUGCUGGAUGAAGAUGAUCAGAAAGCAUUCUCCAACUUUCUGGAUGCCUUUUUCCUUGAUCUGGAUAUGCAGCCUCAUUUGAAUGAAGACAGCCAAGAUCAGCAGAAGCAGCAAAGUGAAGAGGAUGAAGAAGAAAACAGACGAAGUUCCAUCUUGCAGUCUUUGGAUGAACAGAAGAAGCUGCAUCAAACAUUGAAUCUGAUUGCAUCAUUACCACCGACAAACAACGCAACAACAGCAGACCUGAGGAUGAAUGAUACUGCUGCUGCUACUGCUGCCGCCGCUCAUUCAUCAAAAAACAAAAGCAUCGUGACCUCAACAUCAGAAGAUGACAAUCAACUACAAACAAUCUAUCUCCAUUCAAGUGAUUCAACCAAUAAUUUCUUGUAUAAAUACUACCACCAGCAACAAAAGUGCCAACAGCAACAGCCAUCAUCAAAAAAGAGAUCAUCGUCCUCUGAUGAAAGCACGUCGUCUUGCUCUUCCUCCUCGGUCUCUAGAAGUAAAAAGACAAAAACGACCAAAGAGCUAUUGACAGAAGAGGAAAAGCGAGCAAACCACAUUGCAUCUGAGCAAAAGAGAAGAAGUACCAUUCGAAAUGGAUUCAAGGAUCUCACCGAUCUCGUGCCCACUCUCAAGAAUAUCAACAAUUCCAAAAGCACAGUGCUAUUUAAAGCCGUGGAUUUUAUCCGGUAUUUGGAAAAGAGAAAUAGGCAUUUGCGCGACAAGGUUGGGUCACUUGAACUAAGAGUUGAAGUGGAAGGUCGCAUGACUGGAGCUUGCUUUACACACCAUCCACAUCAGCAGCAACAGCAAAAAGCAGCAUCGCCAUCAUCACCUCCAUUACCACAGCAGCCACAUCCACAACAAGAGCAGCGUCAACCAAGCGCAUUCAAUCCUAUUAAACAUAUAUCCUAUAGUCCACCCACCACACCACCUUCUCCUAUCAAGAAACCAUUCACCAUCGUCAAUACACCUCUACCAAAAGCACAAUUUGUUGCACCUUUAUCACCCAUCGUAGAUACCAGCAACGCCAACAGCAGUAAGAAUAAACGCAUGCGUAGUAAUAGCACCACUAGCAGUACAAGCGCCAGUAGCAACUCGAGCUCUUCCAUGAGUAACAGCGAUUACAUCACACAGCAGCUUAUGAAGGGCUUACCUGCCAAUGCCAGAAACGCGUUAUUGGCACAUAAAACACAACAGAAACAACUCUUGUUACUUCAGGAACAGUUGCAAAUGCACCAGAGACUGAUUGCUCAGCAACAAGAAAUGAAGGAAAAAAGCCUAAAUCAACAUCGCCAACAACAGCAAGUACCCUCCUCCUCAUCAUCGCAACACCAUUCACCAAAAAACAGAUUACCGCCCAUUCUAGUGGGCGGCAAUAGUGGUCAAUACGACGCUGCUUCACGUCGUCGUCCGUCUUCUAUUUUGACAGAAUUAGAGGAUACAGCCAUCAGUGCGCCUUGA